AUGGGCUUGGGGGGGGUGUGGCACACCUGUGACACCUGUGGCACACCUGUGGGAGGGGGCACCUUACCUGCGGCUCACCUGUACGGCGGCUACCUGGAGCUGCGCGGCGCCUUCCCCGACGCGGCGCCGGCGCGCUCGCUGUCCCCGCCGCGCGCCGCCGCCCCCCACGCCCCCGGCAAGCCUUUUGGGGCGAAACCUCUGGCUUUCUGGAGCAAGUUCGACGUGGCCGACUGGCUGGAGUCGCUGAACCUGGGCGAGCACCGCGCGCGCUUCCUGCACAACGAGAUCGACGGCACGCACCUGCCCGCGCUCACCAAGGAGGAUUACAUCGACCUGGGCGUGACGCGCGUGGGGCACCGCAUGAACAUCGACCGCGCCCUGCGCCUCUUCCUCGAGAGGGAUCUGAGCGUGCAACGGGAUCUGGACAUGGGAAUGUGAUGGGAUCCGAGUGUGCAACGGGAUCUGG